GUGAAUCUCUGUGAGGAGCGGCUGUACCUAACACUGUUUGACAGCUCAGUGAUGGUGUUCCGUGAGAACGGGCAUGUUGUUGCUGGCAUCCCCAUCACGUCCAUCAAAUCACUGCACUACGCCACGGUGGACGUUGCGGAGUCCAAGAAGGACCCUGAGAACAAGAAACAUCAGUGCUUCCUGGCAUUUGUUUCUAACAAGGAUACGUUCCCAGAUAUAUUCUUUGUGCCCACACUGGAACGGUUCGCUGAUCCUAAUGAACGCAAUGUUCCUGCUACUCAGGUGAACCGCGUGAAGUUUGCUGUGAAGCACCUUGAACCUCUCAUAAAGUACUGGCACUCGAAAACU